AUGACCAAUUUGAGUCCGGGAGAUCAUCCGGAAGCAAUUCUAUUCGAUACCGCAAGCACCGUCAAGACCAGCCAAGAUGGUGAGCAUAUUGGUAUCGACCUCGAACGUCACCAUGUCAAGAAGGGCAACAGGACCGCCCCCAAGAGCGAGGAUCCGUACCUGCUCCUCCUCGUGAAGCUUUACCGCUUCCUCGCUCGUCGUACGGAUGCCAAGUUCAACAAGGUUGUCCUCCGUCGCCUUUUCCUCUCCAAAAUCAACAAGCCUCCUAUCUCUCUCUCCCGCAUUACCAAGGAGAGCUCGACCUACCCUGAUGCUUCCAACAAGAUCAUUGUUACUGUUGCCCCAGUCACCGACGACAACAGGCUGUUGACUGUCCCAAAACUCACCGUUGCCGCUCUCCGCUUCACCCGGGCGGCACGUGAGCGCAUUCUCAACGCCGGUGGAGAGACUCUUACUCUCGACCAGCUUGCUCUCAGGGCACCAACUGGAACCAACACCAUCUUGCUCCGUGGCAAGCGCAACACCCGGGAGGCUGUCAAGCACUUUGGUAUGGGUCCCCACAAAAACAAGAAGCCCUACACCAUCUCCAAGGGUCGCAAGUUCGAGCGGGCUCGUGGCCGCAGAAAGUCCCGAGGCUUCAAGGCCUUCAACUUUUGCACUUUAAUAUACGCGACUAUAACCGCUUCUAAUGCCUCCAAGACGUUCAGAAUUCGCGCCUCAUCUGGUGCCCUCGCCGUCUUGUUCUUCAUUCUCACUCUUUCAACCAUUUCGAGCGUCUCCGGAACCCCUUAUUUCACUCUAAUCAUGGUCAUUGACGCCUUUCUUGGGUUAUCGUCAAGUAUACUCAGCGUAACCGUAGUCGCGCUCGCUGCUCUUUUCGGACCUGCGGCCAUGCAAGCUUGUUUCGCUGGUCAAGCAGCAGUUGGAGUGGUUGUCAGCUUUGUCCAAUUCAUGGGCGCCAUAAUUGCAGAUACCGAUUCUCCAGACGGAGAUACCGCUAAACCGGGCCCUACAGUCUUUUUCUUUGGACUCGCGACUGCAUUCGUACUCUUCAGCCUGAUAGCUCAUUCAGCUUUGCUACGAACGCCCGAGUACACAGAAAUUGUCCAAAAAUGGGAAGCCGGCAAGGUCCUGCUUGUUGAAGAACCCGGAGGAACUGUGUAUGUCGAUGAAGAGGAAGAGGGUCGAGAUACGGAGGAACAGGGCAUUUCAGUACCUACAGAUGAUCUGGGUAUCGAAGUUCCUCAAGUCAAGGGGCGAGUUAGCAUCUGGGAAGUUGCCAAGAUCAACAAAUUGUACAAUCUUGCUGUCGGGUUUUGUUUUGCUGUUACGCUUUCCGUGUUUCCUCCUAUUACGGCCUACGUUGCUCCAACGAGCUCAUCCAUGUUCACGCUCGGUACCUUCAUCGCCUUUCAUUUCUUAGUUUUCAACGUUGGAGAUUACUUGGGCCGAUUCGUUUGCGCCUACCCAAUGUUUCAAUUCUGGAAGCGGAAGCAAUUGGCAACAUACUCAUUCUCUCGAAUCCUUUUUAUCCCUCUCAUAUUAAUGUGCAACGUCCGUGCUCCGGGAAUGGGGACUCGACAAGGUACCAAUAUUCAACUCGGACCUUAUAUUUUUCUUCCUCGUUUUCCUUUUGGGAUUCACAAACGGCCAUUGCUGUGGUCUUUGUAUGAUGUCUGCCCCCUCUACAGAGCACAAUGGUCGUAUUAG